GGCGGCGCAGCCUAAUCGUCAAGCGGAGGCGGCGGCGCAAGAGGAGAGACGGCGGCCGCUGGAGGGACGUUCGCGGACGGCGGCUGUUGUCCCCUUCUCACCGUCGGCAGCGGAAUCAGGCAGUGGCGCACCGGAGCCUGUGCGGAAGUGGAAAUCUGACAUUACUUGUAUCAAGGAAGGAAUAUGAAAGAGGAAUAAGCUUUAUCCAUCAAAAACAGGACACUUGGUUCUCAUUCGAUGCAUUUAAAGAUGACCUCCUAAUUUUGCAGUAUGUUCCAGGAACAGCAAUAAUAAUACAAAAAAGAGAAGAGGAACAAAAUUAGCCUCCCUUGUCACGGAGUUCUGCAGCUUGGGAGCAGCCACUGAGAAGACCCUUUUCCGCCUUGCCACAAAACAUGCCUCUGCAUGUAGAAAUCCUGAACGAAGGGCCUAUCCUGAAGACUUUAUGAUCUGAGAAGGCUUAUGUGGAAGAAGGUGGACUCUCAGGAUGGCUGGUUGUGGAGAGAUCGAUCACUCAAUCAAUAUGCUUCCCACGAGCAGGAAGACAAAUGAAUCGUGUUCCAACACCACUCCAUCUCUUAUGGUCCCAGAAUGUGCUAUAUGUCUGCAAACAUGUGUCCACCCUGUGAGUCUGCCUUGUAAACAUGUCUUCUGCUAUCUGUGUGUGAAAGGAGCUUCCUGGCUGGGAAAGCGAUGUGCACUCUGUCGGCAGGAGAUCCCAGAGGACUUUCUUGAUAAGCCUACUUUGCUGUCACCUGAGGAACUCAAAGCAGCCAGCAGAGGAAAUGGGGAAUAUGCUUGGUACUAUGAAGGCAGAAAUGGUUGGUGGCAAUAUGAUGAACGUACCAGUAGGGAACUGGAAGAUGCCUUUUCUAAAGGUAAAAAGAGCACUGAAAUGUUAAUUGCUGGGUACUUGUAUGUGGCAGAUCUUGAGAACAUGGUUCAGUAUAGGAGAAAUGAGCAUGGACGUCGCAGGAAAAUAAAACGGGACAUAAUAGAUAUUCCAAAGAAGGGAGUGGCUGGGCUUAGGUUGGACUGUGACUCUAAUGCUCUCAAUCUAGCACGAGAGAGCUCUGCUGAUGGUGCAGACAACAUACCAGCUCUAGGAGUUGCUGCUGGGCAACCUCUAGCAACUGUUUCUGUUAGACCCUUACCUUCACUAGAUGGUCAGCUGACAAGUCCUGCAACGCCAUCACCUGAUGCAAGCACUCUAGAGAACUCUUUUGCCAACUUGCAAAUAAAUGGAAACAGUAUGGUUGAAAGGAGCAAUAGGGGUGAGGGAGAGGAAGACCAUGAAUCAUCGUCUUCUGGUAGGGUGCCAGUUCUUGACACCUCCAUUGAGGAAACAGAGUCGGAUGCUAGCAGCGAUAGUGAGGAUGUGUCAGCCCAACUUCAGCUGCCUGUAUCCUCUGCUCAGCAGAGACAUCUGAAUGCAAAUCAGCCAGCCUUGGAUAGACCAGUGGCAGGGAGUGGGGUGGGAAACACCAGUGUAAGAUCUAGAAGGCCUGAUGGACAGUGCACAAUAACUGAAGUCUAAAUCUAGAGCCAUGUUUUAAAAUUUCAGUCUUGUACCUGUACAUUUUGUCUGUAUUGCCGUUGCACUCCAGCCUAGCAGUGUAUUUAAAGUGUUUCAGUGUUGGAGGAGGGGAAAGGGAAAAGCAAACUUGGUCAUCUAACUGUAAAUUUCAAAGCAGUCUCAACAUGUUUUGGCUGGAAGACUCAAUGUUUUAACAAAAACUGGGCACAUGUUAAUAGUUUGACAGCUACUUAGCAAAACCCAGUUUUGUAUAUGUCCAAUUUUUUUGGUAGUAAAGCCCUCUUCCCCAGUAAAAUCCUAUCCCACUUUUUUUUUGACCAAUGUAUAUUCACUGUACAACUUGGAACUGUCAUUAUUUGUUGCAUUAAGUAUCUUUACUAUCUGCAUGGAUUGAUGUAUGGAAGGAAUAUUAAAACUGGAAAUGAAUGAGUUUGGGUAUGAGCAAGAUGCUUAAUUUUAACAUAAAGUAGGUGUGACUUCUGAAGUUCAGAUGUUUUACUAAAACAAAGAUGAAUCAUCUUCCUCAGUGAAAUGUAAAAUAACUUCUGUUGCAGAAUUUUACUUGUAAACACUUCAUGGUGUCUUCAUUGGCUCUCUUGUCUAGUCCCUGUAGCUUGUUUGUGUCUUUCUUGUUCUGUCUUGUUUUUGUUAAAAAAUUUAUAAUUUAAUAAACUACAUUUUAUCAACAA